AUGUCUGUUGUAGCUAAUCGUUUGUUUCCUAAGCCUGUGGAUCGAGCUCACAUCACCACUCGCGGUGCGUUCGUAACAUCCGCCGGUUACUUGAAAUAUUCGAAUGGGAUAAGAGAAUCCUUUUGCGCAACGACAAACAGAAACUUUGAUUUCACUGGUUUGGCUCAGAAGCUUCUCAACAACUUUUUCAGGCUCAAAAGUGGGAAUUUGAAUGAUGAUAUCUAUCAAUGUGCCACGAAAAGCUGUGGAGUCGACUGGGAGUAUCCGUGGAACACCCAAAUGAAGUCUGUAUCCAAAAACUACUUGGUAAGGAGAGGUGUAGAAUAUAAUAUGGACCGGAACAAAAAGAAGGCGUUCGCUGCGGGGUUAUUUAUUGGAAAACACGAACUGAACAGUUACAGACUAUUGGACAGGGAGGCAUCUUGUUUAUAA